AUGACUAAUGAGGGUGUUACUAUUGACAUUAGUUAUUAUCCUGGGGGCCAAACAGUCAAACAAGACGGUGGAGGAUACUAUUAUGAGAGCACUGGUGGAACGGUUCUUCUAACGGAUGAGUGGUAUCCUGAUCCAGAAGGGACUUACAGGAAGUUUACUCAUACUCCAGAGAAUGGUAAAAUAGGGAAUAUUAUGCACAAUAAAAACUCUCUUUCUGGAUUUGGUAGCUUUGCUGAUAAGAAGAGUGUUUCAGUCUACUAUUGGUCAUUAGAUAAUACUUGUAGUAAGCCACUACUCAUACAACUUGGUAGCGGAAAUACGUAUUAUAUCACUGAAGGUGGUGAUGGUUGGAAGAAUCAGAGUGAUAUAAACGACACUAAUCUCAGGAAGAAACUUAACAAACAAAACUGUCAAAGGAACCAGGCACAUGUUAUAGAUCUCUCCAACAAGAGUAAUGGUAACUAUACUUGUCUCAGUUGUCAAAAACAAAUCCAAGUAUACAGCAAUUCCUACGGAGGUACCACAUACUAUACUAGUCGUUCUAGUUAUAGACUCUCAGUAAAUAGUUUCAGGGAUAAGGAUGUUAAUAGUUGGCAACUCGGACUUCCAUCUCUAAACGGUGCCAGCGGUGUAAAUGUCUACUGGAACGGGUCUGGUAGAAAUCCCCUCAUUGUCUAUCAACAAGUUGGAAAUCAGAGAUACUUCAGAAAAAACGCUGGCAAUGGAACUUCCUGGAUUGAAGUCUCUAAUGCUGGUUCUCUUCCUAAUGGACAAACUCCUACUAUUACUACUCUAGAUUUCUCUUCAUCGUCUGGUAUAACAUACGAUGGUGGAAGUAGCAGUAUAAGUAUAACUGUGCUAAGAAGUCACAUAGGUGAGGGUUAUUACGGAUACCAGUAUUCUCUGAGAGGUGCACCAUUUAUGAUCAGUGGAGUUAAGCAUAAUAGUACUCCUCUUACCGGUAUAUCCUUUCAAGAUGCUCUAACUAGUGUCUCUGGAUAUUACUACGGAGGAAAUAAUCCUACAGAUCAGUCUAACAUUCUUCUGAUUGAAGUGGUUGCUAGUGGGAACUCCAAAUAUUCAUACUUUUACAGACGAACUAAGGAUGCAGACAAAUGGGCAGAAUAUUCUAUAUCUGGAGGAGGAACUACUAGACUACAGGGGAAAGGUCUCACCCAAAAGCUUGAUGAGCUCAAGGAGUUGAAGGUAACACUAGAGAAGCUGGAUAAACUUACUGAGUUAGAGGCUGAGCUUAGUCAGUUAAAGGAAAAGCUUAAUGAGUCGCAUAAUACAGGUACUGUAGCUGGGUCAUCUGUUGGAACUGGACUAGGCGGAGCAGGGCUUGGCGCUCUUGCCGUAUGGAAGGGACCCGCUUUAAUUGCACGACUAAUCACCCGUCUGUAA